AUGGCCGUUCACAACCAAGCAGGUGCCCGAGAGCCGGCAAGAGAGAAGAAGGGGUCCAUGCAAGAGUUGAAGUUGAGGAGGCUGACAGAACUAAACGCUCGUCUACGGGAAGACUUGGAAAGACCGAGAGUAAAGGAUGAUCAACUAUACCAAAACAACAAAGGAUUUCAUGGUACCGGCGACUUGGGGUCAAAAAAAGCCGACGUCACUCUCCAAUACGUCAUCUGCGAUAUGGCGAUACCUACUUUCCCGACAUCGAAGUCCGCGAUCCUCAAUCUUCGUAUGAAGAAACAACUUCCAACAAUUCGCGCCUAUUCCUCUUUCGACUUCUUCUUCAAUCUUUCGGUCAUCAAAGCCGGCAUCCUUAAUGUGUUUCUCAAAAAUCUCAGCGAAUGA